AUGGGUGGAUCUCUCCGAAUGCCGCCCGAGCCUUACUACUCUCCACAAUAUAAUCAUCUGGGUAAUACGAUUAUUAUACAUCCAGAUAUUCUCCGACGUCUUCAGAAUCGUUACAACGACACUCCUACGACAGAAACCGACUAUAAGAAUAGGUUUUUUUCCGGCAAUCUGAACGCCAACUCCAUCGAAUGGGAGCAUGAAACAGGUGUGUUACGUGUAGUAUUCAUUUGUAUUUGUACAAAUGGUAAUAUGAGUGCAAAAGAAAUAUCUGCGAUACGCAAUGAUUAUAAUAUUAUAUUUGGACAUGAUGAAAAUCAGUUCGAUUUGAUAUAUAGUUUCUGGAAGGAUGUCCGCUCCGAGUUUAUGUCGGGCAAUCAUGCUACAGGCUCACAUAACGAUUUAGAAAUCGGACACAAAGUUGAGUUGAAAUUCGAUGAUGCAAAUUUUUUAUUUUAUGCGAAUCCGAAGCAUGGCCAACUACGAGACUCACCCGAACGUUGUUUGUGUGAAUUCAUUCACCAAAAGUGUGGAUCCAAGCGUACAAUUUAUGCUUUCGUAGAUACUAUUGACACCAAAAGGAUAGUAGAACUUUUGGAACAAAGAAUAAACUCUAGCGAUAGCGAACAAUACAACAAGAUGACUUUAUUCAUAUAUACAAAUACAAACAUAUAUGAAUAUGUAUCGCAUGGAAUUAACAAAGAAUUUAGGUUAAUAAUAAAUCCCCAUUCGUCGAAGCGGAACAAAGACAAACAAUGCUUCUUGUACACGUUAUGCUCAUCUGCCAGUGCUGCAACAGCUGCUCUUCAUUUGAUUGCCGAAAUAAUUUCUGGCAAACAAUCUAGCCAUGAGUCUAAAUUUUCGCCUGGUCAAGCACAUCCUACUGAAUCGAUGGUGUUGGAAUCUCCAAUACCUGUCAGCUGUGAUGUCACUGAUGAUGCAUCGGAAGAAAAGAAAAAUUAA